AUGAUCUCUCCUUCUGCGGUUGUUUUGAAUGCAUUAAUAAUCAUAUCAGUGAAGCGAAGGAAAGAACUGCAGAGAGCUUCUAAUAUUUUGUUAUCAAGUAUGGCCGUUACAGAUCUUCUAGUAGGAAUUUUAUGUGUGCCGUUAUCUGCUGUGGUUGGACUGUUAGUUCCUUAUCGAGUACUGGCUGACCAUUACAUUUGCAAGUUGGACUUUGUUGCGUUAUCGCCCACGGUCACCCUAACGAUUUGUUCGGUGUUUCAUUUGACAAUGAUUGCAUGGGAAAGGUACAUGGCCAUUCGAAAAUGGAUAGACCACAAGGUUAUGGUGACUAGAAGCCUUACAAAAAAGAUGGCAAUAGUAGCUUGGAUAUUAGCAAUAGUAACCGUAUCUCCACCACACUUUAUUACUCUCAUGAUGAGGGAAAAUGACAUCAUCAGUUUAGCUUUGGAGAUUUUCUUCAUUAUCUUUCAGUUUCGGUAAUGUUUGCUCUAUGUCUUAUCAUAUAUUUUUAUGUCAUGGUGUAUCUUGGAGUUCGCAAACGCAAAUUAUGUCAAAUUCGGCAAGUCAACGGGUUAGUGAACGCCAAACGUGAACACAGAGUAGCUAUGACCACUGUUAUGGUUACGGUUGCCCUGAUUCUUUCUUUUUUCCCAACUAUUCUCGGCGGGAUAUUACAAGGAAUCUAUCCAGUGUUUCGUCAACGUUUGGCGGUGCGUGUACAGGACACAUUUUUGCAUCUAAAUUCUGUAGUUAAUCCACUCAUUUAUUGCUACAGAGAUUGCCGUUUUAGGAACGCCGUGCUGGAGAUCUUGAGGAUUAGAAGA